GGUCGCGCAGGGAAGCUGUGGCUACCUGAUAUUCGUCUAAGCCCGUCCCUACCCGGUUUUUGCCGCGAUAACUGGCAAAGCACCAUACGGAAAUAUGUCAACCUCCACGAGGAUUACACCGACCUUGAGCCUUGGAACGGCCGUGAGACUGCUGAUAUCACCUACUCCGACAGUGAAGGGAUUCUCACCGCCUUACUCAUUGAUAAGGGGUAUUUAGAUGACACAUGGACCGGAGCGAGACCGCAUUAUUUUCUAGAGAUUAAGACUACGACGUCCUUUUGGGAGACCCCAUUCUAUAUGAGCAGGUAUCAGUAUGAACGGAUGCGAACCAUGCGCCACGUUGACACUGAAAAUGACAACCAGGCAUCUGUGUACGUGAUAAUUAGGGUGUAUAAUCUGGGCCGUGGUUCGGUGGGGAUGAAGGUAUAUGUUAAUCCGGGGCUUAUGGAGGUGAGGGGAGAGCUGGUGUUCAUGACUGAGACGUGGUCUGUUGUCCCGGGACCAGUGUUGGGGGUGGCUACCUAG